GCAGGACUAAGAGGAGGACGAGGAGUGACAUGAACUGAGGAAGAAAGGCAGAGAGGAUAACUGGAUGAAAAGGGCCAGCGUUACAAAGAUCUAAACAAAAAGGAUAGAAAUGCAAAAACCUCUUGCCUGCAGAGGCACAUCUUGGACAUAGAAAGAAGAGAAAAAAUAUUUUCCAGGGAAUUGAUGACAGGAAAACCCUGCAGCAUCUGAACCAAAUAUUUAUUCUCAUGGUUUCUUUCAUCUCUCUCAUCAUGCUCACCCUGCUGUCUCUGUAUGUGGGAGCACUGCUGUCCUCAGAUGCGUCUCCCGCCUGCUUACAUCCACCUUGCAGGGACACUUUAGUGGCUACACCUGCUUCUCCAGGGCCAGGAGCAGCAAUGACUACCAAGGCCAGUGAGGGUCAAGCUGGGACAAGUGCAUGCAGAUUGGGUGCUUCUGUUCCUGUUGCUUCAGACAAUCCUGAAAGGGAAGAGCAAAGACUGGAUUUCCCUCAGACUAGAUUGAAAAGUGGAGGUGUUAAAGAGCGCCUGGUUCAGCUGCAGAGCUGCAUGAGCUCUCUCCAGGAAUCAGGAGACCCCCAGAGUUACAGGGACCAGGACAGCAGCUCUCUGGGGGCCAUCCUGGCUCUGAUGGCAGCUGUGCUGACAGAGUGUGACCUCCACUGCCACAGCCAAGCACUUGGAGAGAUGGCCAAGCGACUGGAGAGUGCUGCGUUGGGAAGCAAAGAGGGUGAAAAAGACUUGCUGCUUUUCCUAAGGAGCAUCACACAGUAUUCACCUACAGCUGCUCCCAUGGAGAGGUUGCAUCCACAAGAUUGUGCAGAGAUUUACAGUCUUGGGAUCAAAGAGACUGGCAUCUAUACCAUCCAACCUGAUCUACAUGGACCAGCAUUAGAGGCUAAAUGUGACAUGGAGACAGCGGGCGGAGGGUGGACAGUGAUCCAGAAUCGGCAGGACGGCUCAGUGGACUUUAACAGGACUUGGCAGGAAUACCGGGAAGGCUUUGGUAGUCUGCAGGGAGAGCACUGGCUGGGAAACGCAGCACUGCACGCCCUCACCUCCACCGGCCUGCACCAGCUUCGCAUUGAGCUGGAGGACUGGUACCAACAGAAGCGCCAGGCAACCUACAACAACUUCAAGGUGGCCUCGGAAACAGAAAGGUAUCGUCUGACAGCCCACGAGUACUCUGGUGAUGCUGGCAACUCUCUGAGCUACAGCAAGCGCUACAACCACGACGGCAGACCGUUCAGCACUGCUGACAGAGACAACGAUCGCUACGCCUCUGGAAGCUGUGGUCAGUACUAUGGGGCAGGCUGGUGGUUCGACGCCUGUCUGGCAGCCAACCUGAAUGGGCGAUAUUACCGUGGCCGUUACACGGGUUUGACCAACGGGAUCUACUGGGGGACAUGGUACAUCCUGACAGACGGAAGGACUGGGGAGCGGUACUCCUUCAAGAGGGUGGAGAUGAAGACGAGACCCAAAAACUUUAGGGGAACCAAGUGAGGAACACAAAUUGAGAGGGAUCACUGCAGUAUAUUCAUAGGAUGCAAGGCCUUUUAUUUUAUAGAUGACAGAUUUUAAACAACUUCCUGCUAAGAUUUACAUGGAUUUCAGUGAAUGGAUGAAAGACAAUAUAGUGAGAUGCAAAAUCAUUCAUACGCCCUGCGCCUUUUCACAAUUUGUCACAGUAGAAUGAAGAACAUCAGUGUAUUUUUAUUAGGCUUUUGUGUGACAGACCAACACAAAGAGUUGCAUAUAUGUGACAUGCAUAGAAAAAUAUAGUUUUUAUGUUGUUGUUUUUU